CGACUACGUCACACGGGUGAAUGGGCCAAUAUGGCGGCGAGCGUUAGAAUGUAGCUUCGCAACGGGAUGUUUUAUUUAAACUACUGUUGAUUCAAGAAGAUUGUCUUUUAGUUUCAGAUUUCCUUAAGUCGCUUUCUGGAGCAGCAGGAUGUCCGGAAAACUCAGUAACCCUCUGAAGGCCGGUGACCUGGUGUUCGCCAAGAUGAAAGGCUUUCCUCACUGGCCGGCUCGGGUCUGUAAAUCAGAGAACGGCUACAGGAAGCGAGUCCCAGUCUACUUUUUCGGGACCCAUCAGAUAGGCUCCGUCACGCCGGAGAACGUCGCUCCGUACGUCGGCAACAAGCUGAAGUACGGCAGUGGCGUCCGCAUCAAGGGCUUCGCUGAGGGGAUGUGGGAGAUCCAGAACAAUCCCGGCCUCGGCAGCAAACUCAAGGUUCAACCGAAGACCUGCACUAAAAAAACACCAGCAAAACCAGCUUCUUCUUCUACUACACUCUCAAAAUCAACUCCUGCGUCCUCCAGAAAAACUCCUGCAGCUAAAACCCCUGAUGGAAAACCUAAAGGAGCUUCUGCUCCCACUAAGUCUGAGUGCAACACUAAACCUGCUUCAAGCAGAAGCACCCCGAGUCGAGCUUUGGGUGAGAAAGAAAGUUCAGAGAGAUCCACAAGAACGUCAUUUCGAUCGACUCCAGAUAAAACAACCCAGACCAAACAAGAUCCGGACGCUCCAGAUCGUCCUGCAGUGACAAGAUUCUCUUCCAGAUUGACUCCUGAUCAACCUGUGGAAGCAAAACAAGAUAAAGAAACACUAGACCGUACCACAGCUACCAGGUCCUCUAGACUGGUUCAAUCUGUGGAACCAAAACUAGAUAAAGAAACUCCAGAUCAUGUCGAGGCUUUAAGCUCCUCGUCUAGAUUGUCUCCAGAUGAAAACAUGAACUCUGACCUGCAGAGAGUUCCUGCAGCUGCAGGCGGGUUGUCUAAGUCAGAUCCAGGUGACUUCACACAGUUUACAGAGUCUGCAGAGCGUAGAGAGGUUAGAUUAGAGUUAACCAGGUUAUCUUCCAAUGAAACGGCAGAGCCCAGUCAGCGAGACGACUCUGCAUCCAGGUUAGCUCCAGAGAAACCAGCAGACUCCAAACUGGACAAAGAAACCAGAGAAGCAGGUACCACGUCGUCGAGAUCGGCUCCAGAUAAAACCACAGAGUCCAAACAGGUUACAGAACCAGCAGAGCAGCCGGCUGCUCCUGGAGCCUCAUCCAGGUCAGCUCCAGAGAAACCAACGGGUCCAAAACCGGACCAGGAAGCAGGAGAGGUUGCUGCGGCAACGAGAAGCAGGAGGUCGGCGAGCGGAGGCUCACUGGCAGAACGAUCGACCGAAAAGAAAACUCCAACCAAGACUAAAAGAGAGGUCAGAUCAGGAAGAGCUUCUUCUGCCUCUGAUGGAAAACCUGCAGCAGGAAGGACAGGAAGUAAAAAUCAGGCCCAGAAGGAAACGGCGAGCAGCGGCGAGCAGGAAGCUGCUGGACGUCGAGUUUCCACCCGGAGCAAAGCGACGGAUUUACAGUUCAGUGACAUUCCCGACUUACCGCCUUCCAGGAAGAGGAGAAAAGAUGCAGGAAAGCGACACAACAAGAGGAAGAAGGAGGAGGAGGAGAAAAAGGAGGAGGAGAAAAAGGAGGAGGAGAAACGGAGUCCGAGCAGCGAAGACGGGAUGAAAGAUCAGACUGAGAGUAAAGCGUCGAAAAGAAAGAUGGAGGAGGAGAAAACCAAGAAAGGAAGAAAGAAAGUAAAGAUGACGAGAAGCGAGAAAGACGAGGCAGGAGAGAAAGAAAUGAAGAGAAUAAAGAUGACAAGAGAAGAAAAAUCUGAGGGAGUAAAUAAGAGGAAGGCUGAUGAAGAGGAGAGAAAAGAAGAAAAGAAAACAUCUGAGAAAACAAAUGAAACCCACAAGGAGGGAGCAGAGGAGAUAAACGAGAAGCACGAAGACAAGAGAGAAGAAACGAAGGUCAGGAGGACGGAGAGAGAGAGGGAUUCAUCUGAGGAGACAAAGAGAGGAGAGAAAGACAAAACGGAGGGAAUAAAAACUAAAAAAGUUCAAAAAGAAGAGGAAAAAACUGAAGGAACGAAGACGAAAAGAGCCGAGAAGGAGGAGAAACAUCAAGAAAACCUGGAAACAACGAAGACGAGGAGCGAGCAAGAAAUGGAGAGAACGAUGACCAAGAAAAGCAAGAGAGAAGAGGAGAAAACGGAGAAGAAAACCAGAAAAACUGAGAAAACAGAAGAAAGAGGAGAAGGAAUGAAGGUCAGGAGAACCGAGAAAGAGAGAAAAGAGGAGGAAGAGGAACGAGUGAAGACCAGGAGAGGUGAGAGUAAGGAACAGAAGGACGACAAGAAAACCAAGGAGAGAAGGAAAGGAAAGACAGAAGAGAAGGAUAAACCAGAAACGAGUUUAGAGAAAACGAGAGAAAUGAAGCAGAAGACGACAAAAGAUGGAGAGAAAGAUGUGAGGGAGGAGAGGAGGAGAGAGGAGAAAGAGAAGAAGGUACAGAAGAAAAGAAAACAUGGGGGCAUGGGAGAGGAGGAAGAAAAGAGAGGACUGCAUUCUGCAAGACAAGAGGAGGAGGAGGCGAAGAAGAGGAAGGAUGGAGGGGAGGAGGCGGCAGAGGAGAAGGAGGACGAGAGGCAGGAGCAGCUGGCGGCGCGGAGGGAGAGUUUGAUCGAGUCGCUGAGAGACCUGCUGAAGACGAAGGAGAUGACGAAGAGCUGCCAGGACGGAGGAAAGUCUGCCGACAGGAAGACGCCACCCAAAGGUGGACAGGAGAGACGGAAAGGAGAGAAGAUGGACAGAGGUGGGAAAAUGUCCACCAGAAAGUCAACGACCGAGACGAAAGGAGAGAGACCGUCCAACCAAAGGACGAGUUCAGACAUGAAGACGGACGGACAGAAGGAAGAGAAGAUGAAUGAAGGCACCAGAAGAGACAAGAUGGCCACCAGGAAGAAGACAAGAAAACGAGUGGAGAAGGAUUCAAGGCAAAGUGCAGACAGGAUGGACAGAGGAAUGAGGAAAACCACAGAGGACAAGACUGGUGGGAAGGAGGAAAAGAUGUCUACCAGAGGGUCGGCUGUGGAGGUGAAGAAAGAUGGACAGAAGGUAGAAAAGGACGAGACGAAAGAGCAGACCAAGAGCAAAGAAGACGACGAGACGAAGCAACAGAAAGAUGAGAGGAAGAUAAUCGGAAAGAUUGUUAAAGCCAAUCAGGGAAUGAAGAUCCACGUGAAAACCAUGAUGGGAGGAUUGACCAAAGGAUCUGGAGAGGAGGAGGCGAAGAAGAGGAAAGAGGAGGAUGGGGGGAGGAAGGAGGAGGUGAAAAAGACUUCAGAGAUGGAAAAAGAAGAAAAAACGGAGAAGGCAGCCGAGAAGUCUGAUGCUAAAAACUCAGAGAUGGAGGAGAAAAAAACAAAAAAGGAAGAG